UACUAUCUGCUGCCACUUUGUAUCUUGUUUAACCGGAGGGAGUGACGUGCAGAGAGAGGCGGGUUACUAUGCAAUAAUUGGGAGCAAGCAGCAUUCACUGUUUGCUGUCCAGAGAAAUCCUAAAUGGGGGGCUGGAUUCCAUCAAAGUGUUCGUCGCACUGACAGCGCUUCAUGUUCAGUACUUGCACGAACUGAAUGGGACCGGACUUUUAAGGAAAUAGAAACGCACAACGUUAAUGCUAUAACUGGAAUCGAGGAAAACAAACGAGAUGAGCGGGGGAGAGAUAGUAUACCAAGGCUGGCUGAGAAAGUCUCCACCGGAGAAAAAACUAAGACGCUAUGCUUGGAAGAAGCGCUGGUUCAUCCUGCGCAGUGGCCGUAUGAGCGGGGACCCAGACGUCCUGGAGUACUACAAGAACGACCACUCCAAGAAGCCCAUCCGCACUAUCGACCUGCAGAGCUGUGAGCAGGUGGAUGCCGGCCUCACCUUCCAGAGGAAGGAGCUCCAGGACAGCUUCAUCUUCGACAUCAAGACGUCCGACCGCACCUUCUACCUGGUGGCAGAGACCAUGGAGGAAAUGAACAAGUGGGUGCGCAGCAUCUGCCAGCUGUGCGGCUUCAACCAGUCAGAGGAGAACCACGAUGGUGGGAGGUCAGUCUUGUCCACGACCCACACCCCCCACUCCUUUGCGUCGGAGCUUAGUGGAUCCAUGGCCCCUCUUAUUGGAGACCGAAAGUCAUCGGUCCCCAUCCACUCCAGCCAACCUGUCCUCUUCACCUUUGACAUGCCGCCACGCCACACCCACAGCUCCUUGUCCAACAGCGCACCACAGGACUACCUCUUCCUCCACCAAUGCCUGAGCAGGAAGACGGAUAGCCCAAGGAGCAGCAGCUUCUCCCAGGCCACGCGGAGCAGCCCGCUGGCAGCCAGUGACUCGGCCAUGCAGAGGGUGCCCCAUGGCUUCGCCCACUGCCUCAACGGCCUGGGCGCCCAGCUGCACGCCUUCUACAGCCUGCCCAAACCGGGCAAGCACCAGCCAGUGCCCCGCUCCGAGCUGGCGCGGGACGCCUGCUACGACCUGCCGAGGGUGCCGGGGCCGGACGGCCCCCUGCGCGGCGGCCUGCCCGAGGCGGAGCCGGAGUCCGAGGAGCUGUACCUCUUCAAGACGCCCAGCAACGCCCUGGCGACGCCGGCCGCUGCCGAUCGCCCGCCCGACAACUACGACUUCCCGCCGGCGCCGGGCUCCUUCUAUCAGGUCCCCCGCAACUUCGACAAGAACCACAACUCCCUGGCGCCAGCCGGGCACGAGUCCCCCGUCGCACCCCCGCCACGCCCCCCGAAACCCAGCCACAGUUCGGAGCCGGGGUGGGGCAGCCCACAGUCGCUCAGCUCGUACAACGGGGACAUGGCCGCUGUUUCCGCCAUCCCCCGCCGAAACACCCUGCCGGCCGUGGAGAACAUCCGCAUCCAUCGAGGUUCGUCCUUUGAGACCAACGAUCGGCAUCAACAAAUCUCCCUCCACAGCUCAGGGCAGUUUGUGGAGUCUGUCAAUGAUGGCUUAAGCUCCUACCUGAGGAAGAAGUCCCCCCUGAACCAUUCAGACAGUGGCGACUCGGAGGACAACUAUGUGCCCAUGAACCCCGGCUUGUCCUCCUCACCCUUCAGCGCCACCCUGGUGGACAGUCCCCAGAGCAACUACAUCCCCAUGAGCCCCGGCCCGCACCACUUCGACUUUCCAGGCUUCUCUGCCACCCUGCCCGCCCGUAGAGGCAGCACCGCCUCCCUGUGUCAUCGACCGGGUCGCCUGAGUGACAUCACCCCGCCGCCCAUCAACCGCAACCUCAAACCCGACAGGAAGUCAAAGCCGACACCACUGGACCUGAGGAGCAACGGCAUCAUCGAUGAGCUGCCAUUCAAGAGCCCGCAGUCCAGGUCCUGGACCAGGCCUGUGCCCAUCGUGAACUCGCUGGCCUCACAGCACUGUCGGCCCAACUCCACACAAAGCAUCACCAGCACUGACUCCGCUGACAGCGAGGAAAACUACGUUUCGAUGCAAAACCCAGCGUCUACCUCACCAGCAGUGAGCAGCACCAGUAGCCCCGCACCCAGAAAGUGCAGGAAUGUGGACUACCUGGCCCUGGACUUUCAGCCUGGCUCUCCAAGCCCCCACAGAAAGCCCUCGACGUCCUCCGCCACCUCGGACGAGAAGGUGGACUACGUGCAGGUGGACAAGGAGAAGACGCAAGCGCUCCAGAACACCAUGCAGGAGUGGACCGACGUCCGGCAGUCCACCGAACCCACCAAGGGCCUCAAGUCCUGACAGCGCUGCGGGACGGCGGGAUCAGCCAGCCCUGCUGUGGAGGUGUGACUGAGCUUGCUCCCGAAAACCA